AUGUCCCUCCGCGCCGCCCUCCCUUCGCUCCGCACCGCCCUCCGCGCCGAACAGAGACCAUUCACCACAACCACCUCCCGUCUCUCCGAAUCCCUCUUCGUCCACCGAGACACCGACUACAACAACCCCUCCCUCCCAUUCAAAUUCUCAAAAGAAAACCUCGAACGCGCCAACGAGAUCAUCGCCCGCUACCCGCCCCAGUACAAGAAGGCCGCUGUGAUGCCUAUCCUGGAUUUGGGGCAGAGGCAGAAUAAGGGGUGGACGAGUAUUAGUGUGAUGAAUGAGGUGGCGAGGUUGUUGGAGAUGCCCAAGAUGAGGGUGUACGAGGUCGCCACCUUCUACACAAUGUACAACCGCGAACCCGUCGCCCCCAACUUUCUCCAACUCUGCACCACCACCCCCUGCCAACUCGGCGGCUGCGGCUCUUCCGCCAUCCUCAAAACCAUCGAGAACCACCUCGGUAUCCACCCCGGUCAGACGACCCCGGACGGCAAGUUUACGUUUAUCGAAGUGGAAUGUCUUGGUGCUUGCUCCAAUGCUCCUAUGAUGCAAGUCGGCGACGACUUUUACGAAGACCUCACCCCCGAAUCCACCAUCUCCAUCCUCAACGCCCUCGGCAAGGGCGAAAAGCCACAAGUCGGGCCCCAAUCAUCCCGCCAAACGUCUGAAAACUCGGCUGGCUUGACUACCCUUCUUUCCAAGCCUUACGGCCCGGGAGAGUUCUGUUCGCCUGAAUUUGCAUAG